CAGCGUGAGCAUCGUGUAGUAUGGACUGCCGUAGGGGGAAAGAGGGGCGCUGACGUUCCACACACCAAGUGGUGACGUUUAGAACAGUGGAUGAUGACGAUACACACGAACGCCCUGGGAGAGCGCGUGUGGUGAGAUCGUGGGCGCCAUUUUGUGCGCGAGUUUUCGCUGAGGAAGGUGGCAGCUGCUGGCUCUCCGUCCGUUCGCAGCGUUUCACCGCCAGUCAGUCCCUCCUCACACAGUUUUUUUUUCUCUCUUUGUCCGUCUCAACGUCCAGCUUUCACCGUGGCGAUGGCAGAGUAUAUCCGUGUGGCGGAGGAGGAGUCGGAGGAACCGAUGGAGAUCCCGAGCGAGGACGACGGCACCGUGCUCUUGUCCACGGUGACGGCGCAGUUCCCGGGCGCCUGCGGCCUGCGCUACCGUAACCCCGACAACCAGUGCAUGCGCGGCGUGCGCCUGGUGGAGGGCAUCCUGCACGCCCCGGACAAUGGCUGGGGCAACCUGGUCUAUGUGGUCAACUACCCGAAAGAUAACAAAAGGAAAAUGGAUGAAACUGAUGCAUCUUCAGCUGUGAAGGUGAAGAGAGCAGUCCAGAAAACAUCAGACCUCAUUGUUCUUGGACUUCCCUGGAAGACAACAGAACAGGACCUGAAGGAUUAUUUCAGUACUUUUGGAGAAGUGAUUAUGGUGCAGGUAAAGAGGGACACGAAGACCGGGAACUCUAAAGGCUUUGGGUUUGUCAGAUUCACAGAAUAUGAAACACAAGUGAAAGUGAUGUCACAACGGCACAUGAUUGAUGGACGAUGGUGUGACUGUAAACUGCCUAAUUCCAAGCAAAAUGCCGAUGAGCCUUUGAGAAGCAGAAAGGUAUUUGUGGGUCGCUGCACUGAAGACAUGAGUGCUGAUGAACUUCGUCAGUUCUUUUCCCAGUUUGGUGACGUGACCGAUGUAUUUAUCCCAAAACCAUUCCGUGCUUUUGCUUUUGUCACAUUUGCUGAUGACCAGGUUGCACAGUCUCUCUGUGGUGAAGAUCUGAUCAUUAAGGGGGUCAGCGUACACAUUUCUAAUGCAGAGCCUAAGCAUUUGAAUGCUAGACAACAGCUAGAUAGAGGACGAUACAGUGUCAACACUGGAGGCUUUGGCAAUCAGGGUGGGUUUGGUAACAACAGAGGUGGUGGGGGAGGCUUAGGUGGCAGCCCAAACAGUAAUAUGAGUGGAGGUGGAAUGAAUUUUGGGGCUUUUAGCAUCAACCCAGCAAUGAUGGCUGCAGCCCAAGCAGCCCUACAGAGCAGUUGGGGAAUGAUGGGAAUGCUAGCCAGUCAGCAGGGCCAAUCAGGUGCAGGAGGGGCAAACCCUCAACAAAAUCAGGGAAACGUACCAAGGGAACAGAACCAGCCAUUUGGAACCAACAAUAAUUCAUACAGCUCAAAUUCUGGUGCAUUAGGGUGGGGAUCGACAUCCAACUCCGGUGGUCCUGGGUUUGGCUCUGGUUUUGGAUCUAGCAUGGAGUCCAAAUCGUCAGGGUGGGGAAUGUAAAAUGAGUGUUAGGUGUUUAGCAAAUGAGCAGAUGGGAGUUUAGAAUUCUAAUAAUGGUAAGUAAAUAGUUUUUCCACGACAUUUUUUUUCUUGCUACAUAAUUGAACAUUUUUUUAAACGUGUUGUGUUUUGUGAUGUCGUUCAGGAUACUGACAGUAAGGUGAAUUUUGAAAGCUACUGUAUUGAGGAAUGGAACUUGCAAUUCAGUAGUGCUCUCCCUGACUCAUUGCAGUAUGCAAAUCUUGUCUCUGGUUGAAAUCUUUAAUAUGCUUUAUAAUCUGUGCACAUUGUUAUUCCUUCUCCCUAUGUUCUGGGUUUGUUAGUAAAGUAAGUCACAUUGAGUCGAACAAUGUGGGUAACUUCAGAUUUUUCAUGACUGCAUUCUGAUGCUAUGGCUUCAAUUAUAAAUUGCCAGCAUGUUCUUCAAUUAGAUGCAACUUAAUUCAAAUUUGUGGGAGUGUUGCUACUUUUUAUCUUAUAGUAAACUGCAUUCUCUUAGAAAAGUAACCCUUUCACUGAGUAAACUAGGUUUUCUCUCUUCUGUGCAAGCUAAGUAUCUGGAAGACCAUAUCUUGUUUUUUAACCAGGUUAUAUUGUAUUUCCAAAUACUGCAUAAUGAAUAGGGAAAAUAUUUUGUUAAUCAAAUAAUUGUAAUAAGUCCUGACAGUAUGUAAACUAGAUAACCUCACAGGUACCUUGUAAAUCCCAUUUUGGUAAUGAGUGGUUUGUUCAGAUGCUGCACUGAAUAUAAAUAUUCUAAAAUUGAUCAGCUAAACAUCAUUCUUUAGUUCUAAAGGUCGUUAAAGACUAGUGUUUAGUAUCUGGCACUUUCUGGCUUUUUUAUCAUUCUGGUCUGAAGUAAUAAUUCAAAACUAGCUCAUUUAACUACAUAAUACAGUGAAGCAGAGGGUUGGGGUUAAGACAUUCCAUAAAUUAUUAUUAGGAACUUGAGUUGUGACCCACUCAGAUUUUUGCAACUGUUUAUUGUACCUUUUUUCAUUGUGGAGUUGAUCUGUUCUUCACCAUUGCAUAUUUGGCUGGAGUGGAACCUACACUACCUAAGACCCCUUUUGGUAAAAGAGAUGAGUGAGUUUGCCUGUCUGCGUAACUAGUUUCUUCAGAAUAGCGAGUUUCGACCCUCAAAGCUUACAAAUGUAUCUUGUCUCAGAUUCCUGGUUUACCCUCCAGUUUAGAUGUUGAUUAUUGCCUUCUAAUUCACUUACCCAUACUAUUUUUAUUCUCUACAGUGACAGUACCAUUUCCAGGGAUACCACUUCUUCCUGAGAUGAUUAGAAGGAGCAUUCCAAUUAGUCAAAAAUAUUACUCUGCUUGACCUGACUUACAUUUCUUGUAUCAUAAACAUUUGAUUAUCUUUCCAAAAUUCAUAUACUAUGAUAGCUACUGAAAAGCAUAUGUUGCCUAAUAACACUAACAGUAAUGGUUAUGUCCAAAGGCUAGUAUAAUAUUUGUUUUAAUUUUAGCAUCUUUAAUAUAUUCUUUGAGGUUUGCAGAGUCCAUUAUGAAAUACCUAAAAUGGGUUGCACGCUUUUUCUAAAGAUGCAAGUGAAUUGUGUGGGUAAACAUGGCAUUGUAAAACAGUUUUACUGUCGAGUCCAAAUGGUAUUCUUUCAACAUUUUUGGGCCUUGUUUUAGAAAGUAAUAUUGAUAAGAUUACAUAUUGGUCAACAAACUGCAUAUGCAAUUUGAAAGCAGUAUGAAAAACCUGAAAAUACCCUAGUUGAAGAUAUCUUUAGUUAUUCUGUAGUGCUCAUUUACUAAGCUUCUAGCAUUUCAGUCUACAUUGUCCUUUGCAUAUGAAUGCAGUUGGUUAAUCUCAUCAGUACCUAGCAGUGCUUCCACGUGCACUUGGCUAUGCUGUUUCAUCCACAUUCUAUCCAUCUUAAAAUUAGUGAGCUACUCCCACAUUGUCAGCUAUAAAGAUAAAGAAGUGUGUCCAUAAUGUCACGAGAGGUAAAUGCAGCCUGACAAGGAAUUGAAAGAACUAUAUUGUGGUGCAAGAAACUUUUUAUAUAAAUAUAGUUUGCAAAAUCUUUAAGAUGGCUGGAACAUAUUUAAUGGUGUAUUGUGUAGAUUUUUCAAAAAAUUGAAAUGUCUUUUUAAGGAAGUGGCCUGGAUCGCCAAGCAUGAACACCUACAUACUGUAUAGAAAAUGCUUUCUCUAAACCAUCUCUCUGCAUUGCUUCAAGCUACAUGGAGUUGCAGGUUCUGUUCAAAGGGACCACGGUGGGUGUUCCAUUUUUGUCCUCUACUGUUCUUUUCAAGGAUUCGUUUAUCAGCGCUGUGAAACGAGAUGAUGUGCACAGAGCUGUGGUGACUUGAUUUGAAGCCUGGUGUGGGAUUGAUGCUUAUGGUGUUGCCAACGAAUGAGAGGGCUAGUAUGAGCGAGGAAGGAGAGAGCGCGUGCAGAAACCUGGUGGUGCAUAUUGAAUUUUUAAACAUGGCAAGAUGUGGCUCUCAAUCCCUUGGCAUGGUGAGCGAAUGCAGAGGAGAAGUGGGAUACAGUACGAAUGGUUUUUUUUUCUUGCGUUCACAAAGGACUGUCCGUGACUGAGGGGCAAAAGACUCUAGUGUGGUGAUACUUGCUUGUAACUUGAGUAAUUGGAAACUGUUGGAUGUGUUCAGUGAAAUGAAUAUAUCUAGGGGUUGAAACCCAGGAACAUAGGGGCUCCACAAAUUACAAAAAUUGGUUAAAUUUACUUUGUCUUAUAUUUCUUAAAAAUAACUAGAAUGUUUGAAAAUUGAUUUCAGAAAAGUUAUUCUAAAUCCUAAUUCUGUCUUAUUGUAGAACAAAAACUCUAAAGUGUGCAUAAGGAAUUGGUAACCUAUAAAUUACAGGUUGAUGUAUAAAAUUGGGCCAACUGUAUUUGAGUUUAGUUUCAACCCCUGAAUAUUUUUUUGUAUCUUCCUUUUCCUUUCCCCUUCCCUUCCUGUUAUUUGUGUGUGCCGAAUGGUUGGUGAUGUACUUUUGUAUUACUGAUAUGUAAGUGUGAAUAAGUGAUAUGAUGUGGAGUUAUGAAGGAACAAUACUUUGUGGAGUGUAUUGUGGCAUUGCUGCCUGCCAGAGAUGACUUGGGUGAGCUCAGUGUCCAUCUCGAAUAAGAGUGUACGAUUGUCUGCUUUCUGCGAGUUUAUUACGAAUGUGGGGCUUAAUAAAUGAUUGCUUGAGUUUAGUGUGUUUUGAAGCCCUUUUUUAAUAUCUGACUGUAGGGAAUUCUUAAUAAAAUCUUGACUUGACUAAACAUUUUUGUCUCUGCAUCCUGACAUGAAAUGGGAAAAGCAACAAAAUAGACUUUGAUCAAAAUGUCUAUAUGAAAUAUGCCAAAGCUGCAAAUCAAUGUUCUGAACUAUUUUAUGCACAGAUUUUACAAUUCUAAUGCUGAAUCUGCAUACAGAACAAUAACCAGUCUCUUGAAUGUCAAUGAUUAUGUAUUGCAGGAAUUUUAAUCAGUAAAUUCUACUUCUACAUUCUGUCAAAGGUAUUCAUUUAGUGGUUUCUAUUGGCCUAUCCACCUGAAAGUUAAUGAGGAAGUCCAGUUUCUCCCUAUCAGGUUUACUUUUUCAUGAUCUUGAUACAAUUUCAAUGGUGCUAACAACCCUCAUCUCACCUAAGUGGGCAAUCUAUUCUCCUCUGUCUGUACUAUAUCACUGUUUGGGGGCUGAAGAGCUGGGAUAAAUAUAUUCUGUGCAUCACAGCUAAAACUGUUUCUGCCACUGCUUAAUACUUAAUUAGAAUCUGCAUUCCUGGGUUAACUUGUUUCCAGACUAAGAAUUGAUCAUGUAUCCUUUCUGUCAGCUUUAAGCACAAUAUAUUUGUUCAAACACUGGAUCAGAUAUAACUUUGUUUUGAUAACAUUACCAUUAAUCUUAUUUGGUUGAGUGUCCCAUGGAUUUCAAGUACAACAAAUGAAAGACUAGGGAGAAUCUACAAUAGAAUUUGUAGAUAGUGACAACUGCAGGUGCUGGAGAUCAGAGUGGAUAAAGAUUUUUAACUUUGUACACCUCAGUCCAACACCAGCAGCUCCAAAUCAAAGCUUGAUCUGCUGUGCUUUUUCCAGCUCCACUCUUUAUCCAUUCCUAUCAAUAGAAUGACAUGGAGAAAUACAGCGCAGAAAGUGUAAGGUGAAUUUAGCUGAAGCUAGGGCCUGAAGAUGGAUUUUGUUGAGAAUAAUGAGCUUUUGGGUUACUUGAAAUUGGAAUACUGUUUUCUGUAUUGGUCCUCCAAAUUCUAGAGUCUGUGGGGUUAAUGCAGUGAUUAGUGUCCUUAGGAUAUUUAAAUAAAACUGACAGGAAUGAUCAGUAUUGCUAUUCCACUACUGUCAGUGACUCAGUUAUAAAGUUAAUAAGAGGAAGUGGUCAAAUUAGCUGACUUAACAUUGAUGUAGGCAUAACACCAGAUGACAUAACCUGCCAGUACUGUCAAUAAUCUUAAUGCAGCCAUUUGAGCCCAUUCGUAGUGGAAGACUAAUAGCAGCUACGCAGACUAGCAAAAUGCAGAAGUAAUUGAAGGAAAAAAAUUACUAAAAUCAAUUAACUUAAUUUAGAUAUUUAUGCAUUGCAGUCAUGCACAUAUGUAUGUUUCUGAUAUUCUGACAAUGGCAAGAUAUUAAGUUAGUAUUCCUUUAAAAUUAAGUGCCAAAAAAACUCUAAUUCUGUAAGUGAAGCAUUUACUAAUGUAAACGUUAUCUAAAGUAUUUUGGAAGCUUUCUAUUGAUCAUUUGUUUGCAGGAAUCUAUUUAUUGUCCAAAUAAAUUGACAUUCCAAAACCAAAGAAAUCCCGAAUACAUAGGAUGAGAUGUCUGUUCUGCUUCCACCCUGGCACUAAUUAAAGGACAGUGGUGUCCUGGCCAAAUCGACCCUCAGUCUACACCUUUGAGAUUAACUGACCGCUUAAGUCUUCUAAAUAUGGGAUUUUGCACAAAAUGACUGUAUGCAGCGACUUUGAAAGAAUUAAUUUCCUGUGGUAUUUGGUACAUCAAGGAAGUGAAAGAAACUUGUACGUAAGUGAUUUUGUUACAAGAUACUCUACAUGGUGGGGAAUGUUGAAAGUUGUCUCUGUCCAGCUUUGUGCAUGUUUUGGUGAUUGUAUAUGCCUAGAACAAAAUACUAUUAUAAAUGUGAAGCUUUUCAAUUUAAGAAUUGUCAUUUGUAAAAUAAUUCAGAUAUCGCAAUGCCUCUUACCACUGUGCUCAAAAUAACUUGAGUACUGAGAUGUAAUGUCUGUCACUGGCAUUUUAAAACAAAGUGAGGCAAUUUAAAAUACCAGUGAACAAUCUAGGAGUAAUCUACAAAACAUUCUUCCUUUUCAUGGUUGUUGAAGUACAGGAGGGUGCUCAGAACCCAAGAAAUCUAUACUCUUGUCAAAAUCUGCCUGACCACAAUUCUCAAACCCACCCGUCCCAUUCCAAUGUUGUAAAAAGCAUACUGUCUCUUACACAGAAGUUGUUGUUCUUCACUACAUUACAUGUAUUAGUUGUCGAAAGGGCACCACCAUCAGUUUAUUUUACCUGUUAUACACUUGGCAAUGUAAUUCCUAGUAUACGUAUAAGCAUUUUAAGGAAGCUUUGGCAGGUUUUAUAACAAAAUAUUCCACCCUAAUAGCCUUACACUGUUUGUUUAUUUAAAAUUAGAGUUAAAUGCCUCUCCUUGAUGUCCUUCAUGAAUAAUUGCAUUUUCUAAAAUGAUUUUAACUGCAGGUAAACAGUGUUCCCACAACAACUGCACCAUUUGAAAUGGGCAUCUACAAUAUGCAGCAGAAAAGGAUUGAAUACGACUCUGCCAGCAAAAACUUUAUAUUGGAAAUUGCCAGGGAAUUUCUUCCUUCUGUAAAUCUACCAAAGAUGCUUUGAUCCUUUCACUCUACUGCAAAGGAAUGUAAAAAUAAAUGUCUGUCAUGGUUCUGUUUAUUUACCACCUUUUUUGAGAUUGAUAAUUUGCUAUCUGCUAUAAUGUUUCCUCUAGGACGAAGAGGAUAGUGGACUUUUCAUCGACUGCUGUCUUUGCAGCUUUGUGAUUGUCCAGUUAUGGGCUCUCCCUACCCUGGCCCCAGUGAGAUUUGAAAAUCUAAGAAAGAAGUGGUCUCUUCAGUCUAUGGCUAACAACGUAGAAAACUUGCUAAGUGUGUACUAGUUUCUAGUGGUGCUUCAAAUAACCCCCCUCAAAUCAAACCUGUACAUUUGGACAUCAUUCCCCCAAAAAUAUGAAAGUCUUGUGAAAACAUGAUAAUUGGGCAGAAUGAUUUCACUUACCAAAUUUUACAGUGGCUUAUUUAUAUUUUAGUGGUUCAGCACAUCAGAAAUGCUGUUUAAUCAAACAGCUAUUUAGAAUGGAUAAUGUCACAGGAGGCUUCAUGCGAAAUUAUGUCUGAAGACACAACUUGUGGGCCAAACCUGGCUCUGGUUAUUUGAGGUAAGGUUCUUCGGGCUUAUGCUACCUAUUAGGUAUUCAAGAUAAAUAUUCUAUCACCUCUCCAGUAUGGAUAUUUGCAUGUGUGGUGCAUGUUUAAACUUUAUAAAUCAGUUUUGCGGUUUUACAGUUUACAAACCUACAAUUCUAGUAAUUAUUUGCACAUUUGUUUUUGACAGUCAAGCUACACAUUAUAUUGUGACUGUUGCCUCCAUGCUGACUUAUCAUUUGUCUAGCUUUAGGUUUUGUGACAAGAAUGCCUUUUCUAAUUUUUGGUCGCAAAUGCAUGUAUGAAGCUGUUGUAUGUUUUAAGUCUUUUUGUCAUUUCUAAGCUUCAGUGUUCUUUCAAGUAUUAGAUUGUUGUCAACUAAUUCAGUUACCACCCUAAUACCAUUAGAUCCAUGAAGACUUUGCUUCCCCUAAUUCAGAAGUGACUUGCAUUUUUAUGGUUUUGGGCAAAACUGAAGUCACUUGUCUUGUCCAAUCCGUUUGGUAGAACAGUUAUAUAUCUGGCUUAUUUGACCACUUAACUUUUUUUUUUAAAAGUCACUUCCAUAAUGUAUGUAGAGGAGAGUGUUAAUCUCUGUUUUGGAAUUUCAUUCUGAAUGAGUAAUUUCUAAAUUGUGCAUUGCAUGUGUUUGCACCAUAUAUACCUUCAAACAUUCCUUUGCCUGGAGAAAGUGAAACCAGUAUUGGAAAAUUCACUGACUACGUUGAGUUUCAGAACACCCAUUCACAAUUUGCAGAUCUGCGCAAAGUUAAUGUCGUCCAAUGAAAGAGGUUAAGUGGAGCCAAGGGCUGCUCUUUCUAACCAAAGAAUUAGUUAACCAGAGAGACGCCUUUAGAAGUGUCUGGAGAUAAGCUUUCCGUUGAAUUGGAAAUAGAAUAUUCAUGUUCACUUUUUAGUUGAGGAAAUACAAUAAAUAUUUAAUGUUUUUAAGCAUUAUUUUCUUCAUAACUGGGGAGCUGUUAACCACUUAUUGCUGCACUAAUCUCAAUAAAGAGUUAAUUGAAAA